AUGUCUACUAAUAGCGAGUUCGUAUUACAUGAAACAUCAAGUCUAUACAGAAGGAAAGAUCAUCAGGCCCGAGCAAAUCGAAUCGCAGAACAGAAGCUGCUGGCAGCAUGGCCUGAGCCCGCACAAAAUUCAACUUCAAAAAAUCAAUGGCCGAACUGCCAAAGUGACAAACACGAAUCCGAAUGGCGUCAACAGUGUAGCAAAAGAGUCAUCAAGAACGCUCAAUCCGGCGCAGAGAGCUAUGACAAAAGUCAUGACGAGCCAGAGAAAACACCACUUCCGGCCCCGCCGAUUGCGCAAAACACUAUUCUCGACGGCUUUCAGCAGGCCGAAGCACGCAAAGAUACCGUCAACGAUGACUGUUUCGUGCGGCGAGAUACGACGAAAGAGCUCUUGGAACUGAUGGUGUUGGGAACGCCUCCAGUGGACAAUGUGCGCGGUCGCGAUGCUGAGGCAAAAAAACGUCAAACAAAGAUCGACGAUCAUGGGCCAUUGGCGCAACGAGAACGCGCCAGCGGAGAGGCUCAAGGCGCGAGUGACACGGGCGAUGAUGCUCAGACUGAGCGGGAGCAUGAUGGUCAAGACCAUGAGGGGAAUGGCGAUCUGCCAGAAGAGCGAAUUGUGUAG